UAUAUACAAACACGGCUUGUCCAAUCUAUAGUAUCGCGACAAAGCUACAUCCAUAGCUUUGUCAUCAAUCGAGCGCAUUCCCACUUGUACCUCACACAUCCUCGCCCAUCAUGUUGUCACAGCUCGCGCAACCUGCCGGCGGCAAUGAUCGUGUUCGCCGCCUCUCUUCGAAUGAGGCCUCUCGAGACACGCUUAGCAUGGGACCCACUGUUGUUGUACCACCAAAGCACCUGAUGGCACCCAGCGAUGCUUCCGAAAUUGCUACAGCUAUGGAAACGGCGAGGCACCACGUCGACGCCCCUGCAUCUCCUGGCACACCCCCAACCCCCCGGGAAACUACUGUCACCGACAAGUAUGCUUUCGCCUUCGAUAUUGAUGGUGUUCUCAUCAGAGGAGGCCGACCCAUCCCGGAAGCUGUUGAGGCUAUGAAGAUGCUCAACGGAGAGAACGAGUACGGUGUCAAGGUUCCUUACAUCUUUCUUACCAACGGAGGGGGAAAGACUGAGGAGGAGCGCUGCGUACAGCUCAGCAAACAAAUGGAGAUGGAGAUCUCGCCCGGCCAAUUUAUUUGCGGUCACACCCCUAUGAGGGAGAUGGCUGAGAAAUAUGGCACUGUUCUCGUCGUCGGCGGCGAGGGUGAGAAGUGCCGUAUUGUUGCCGAGGGCUAUGGCUUCAAGGAUGUUGUCACCCCUGGCGAUAUCAUUAAAGACAACCAAGACACAACUCCCUUCAGGAAGCUCACUCCAGAGGAAUACAAGAACUCGCGCGCCAGGAACUUCGCGGAGGUCAAGAUCGAAGCGAUUUUUGUCUUCGCCGAUUCUCGCGACUGGGCAUCCGACCAACAGAUUAUCCUCGACCUGCUCAUGUCCAAGGGAGGAUACCUCGGCUCCAGGUCCGCAACCUUCGACGAGGGCCCGCCAGUUUACUUCAGCCACAAUGACGUCGUCUGGUCCGCUGGUCACGACCUGACUCGCAUUGGCAUGGGCGCUCUUCGUGUAAGCCUGGAGGCUAUGUUCAAGGCUGUCACUGGCAAGGACCUCAAGACCACUGCGUUCGGAAAGCCUCAGAUCGGUACAUUCCAGUUUGCUACUCGUCUUCUCCAGCAGUGGAGGAAAGAGUCUCACGGCAUCGAUUCUCCUCCCGACACUGUCUACUUCGUUGGUGACACACCCGAGUCCGAUAUUCGCGGUACCAACGAGUAUAACGAACAGUCCGACAACAGUUGGUACUCGAUUCUUGUCGAGACUGGGGUCUACCAGAAGGGUAGCAAGCCGCGCUUCGAGCCCAAGGCGACGGUCGAAAACGUCUUGGACGCUGUCAAGCACGGAAUCGAGCGCGAGUACAAGAAGGCUCUGAGGGCCAGCAUGGUCCAGACCGGUGUCCUCUCCGAGUGCUUCGAUCUAUAAGAUCUGAAUUUCGUUCCUCAAGCGUUAGUCAUUCCGGCAUAGCAUCGUUCGGCGUUGGAUUUCCUUUUUUUUCCUUUCUUACCUUUCUUAUUGGCGCAUGCGCCUGUUAUACCGCACGUCUUGCACUACAAGAGCACGAUAGAUAUUAUGAUACCAACCAGCUUAAAGCUGCGUAGCUUAUUAAGACCUAUAAGGCAGAGUAUAUGGCAAUACAAUUUCAUAGUUGCCAAGUCAACAUGUUCCAUCGCCACUCGUGAUCC